AUGGAACUGUACAGUGAUAUUGUUUCUCCACCGUGUCAGAAUGUGCUGCUGGUAGCGAAAAAAUUGGGCAUUUCGCUUAACGUGAAGAAGUCGAACAUUCACGAUGCUGCCGAGGUAGCUGCACUAACGAAGCUCAAUCCGCAACAUACGAUCCCAACACUGGUGGACGAUGGACAUGUGAUCUGGGAGUCGUACGCAAUUGCCAUCUAUCUGGUGGAAAACUAUGGUCAAGAUGAUAUGCUCUACCCGAAAGAUGCCAAAGUUCGAUCGGUCGUAAACCAGCGACUCUUUUUCGACAUCGGAACCCUCUACAAAAAUGUGCUCGCCUGUAUUGACGCUACUAUUGCCGAGCAGCAGCUGUCUGAGGAGCUUCGCGGUAAACUACGGCAAGCUCUCGAUCUUACGGAGAAGUUCGUUACCGAACGAUCGUUUAUAGCUGCCGAUCAGCUAACGCUCGCGGAUAUCUUUGUGCUUGGUAGCAUCACUGCCCUGGAAUGGAUAAAGUACGACCUAGAGCAUUAUCCUGGCAUUAGGGGCUGGGUUAAGAAGGUGGCGGCAGAAUUUCCAGAUUAUGGUGAUUUUCACAAGCAGAUCAGAGAGGAAACCCAACAAUACAUAGCUACUCACUGUCCAGAUUUGCAAUACUAA